AUGAAGAACAUUAGCAAUCGGACUAAUAAUUCUUCGGCGAAUUCUGUUUUGAAACCAUCUCGAAGAUCCGCUAAUCAAAGUCUUUCUCAAUUGCCACAAUCGCAAUCGCAAGAAUGGUGGGCAACUGGUAUAUUAAAUAUCAGUUGGGUGCUGAGUUAUUUGGUUAUUGGAUCAACGAGAUUUGUAACAAAAUGGUCAAUAUUUCUAUUCACAGUUGUACUUCUAAGGCUUCCCAAAUGGGUUUUUGUUACAUCAAAUAAACUACAUUUAACAAUUUCAUUUCCUACAUUCUUAUUUCUAGCAGUACUAACGGCAUACAUCACAUAUUCGAUUAUGAAAGGAAAUGUGCUUGGUCAGUACAAACAUUUGGUCUCUGACGAAUUGGACGACGAUAAGAAUGCUAAUAGUAAAAGCAGAAAUAAAGAGAGUAUUAAGUUGAAUACGACAUCUCCUCCAGGUAGAUCUAGAAAAGAUGUUAAAGACAGAAAACCAACUGGUAAGAAAUAUGGUGAUGAGUUUGGUUAUGGAACGUCAUACCUCGAUCAAUUUUUAAGUGCCAUUAAAAUUUUCGGUUAUCUGGAGAAGCCUGUAUUGCAUGAUUUGACGAAACACAUGAAAACUCAAAAAUUAGAUGAAGGAGAGAUUUUAUUACUGGAUAAUUCAAUCGGCUUUUGUAUUGUAGUUGAGGGAACGUUACAGCUAUACCAUGAAGUAGAGCAAGACAAAGAUGAAAUUUAUAAUUCUCAACUCAAAUUUUCUGGAAGAGUUGUCAAUGAUGAUAAUGAUCCUGAUAGAAAACUGUCGAGCUCCUCAACAACGAUGUCUUCAGAUCUCGAGCUGAAAGAUAUUGAAUUCAACGAUGAAAUGGACAAUGAUGAUCCAAUCAAUGAAGAUAAUGACUCAACCAUGUAUUUAAGACUAAAAAAUGGAUUGGGUAAAUUUCAAUUACUGAACACUGUUAAACCAGGUAAUCCUGUCUCAUCUUUAGUCAAUAUUUUGAACCUUUUUACGUCUCAAAGCAGCAAUAUCCUUUACUCUAAUACAUCUGAUAGUAGAUCACCCUCGGUUGAUUUAGAUACUUUCCAAUUUCAAUUCGGAAGGAACAAGACGAAUUCGAAUCCUAUUAGGAGCUCACCUAACAUGUCCACUAUAAAUGCUGCUUCACCCAUUCCAGGCGGAAUUCCAACAGGCUUUUCUCAGUUUGUUAAUGAGCCACCAGUGGUUAUGCCAGACGUAAUAGCUCGUGCGGCUACAGAUUGUACGAUCGCAAUUAUUCCACCUCAAGCAUUUUCGAAAUUAACCGAAAAGUACCCACGUUCAGCUUCACAUAUAAUACAGAUGAUCUUAACAAGAUUGUUUCGUGUAACAUUUCAAACUGCCAAUGAUUAUCUGGGUUUAACUCAGGAACUUAUGAAAAUGGAAGUUCUCCUUAAUAGAGCUGUAAGUUAUGAGCUGCCAUUUUAUUUGAAAGAGGCAGUUAUUAGAAAACUUGACAAACAAUCAAAUGUUGAUGUUGAACAGGAUACCGCCGUGAAUAGUAAUACUAAUGAUAAUAAAACAAAUAAUGAACAAAACUCACAUAAGCAAAAGAAAAAUAAUAAUGACAACUACAAUAUUAAUGAUGAUAAAGAAAAAAGAGAUGCCUCACAGAAAAUAAUCAAUAAAUCUAUAACUAGACCAAAUCUUUCGCAUUUAAAGUCUAACUCUAACUUCAAUUCCUCUGCCACAUCACUAAGAGGAUCUAGACACGUCGUUAUAGGUUCGAGAGAUCACUUGAAUCCUGGAGAUCUGUUAUCAAGUGUCCCACUUUCAAGAAAAGAACCUCAGAGUCAUAGAAGUAAAAUUUCCAAGGAUAAAGUUUUCACUACUGGAUCUCCCGUUAUAUCUUCCGUGCCAUCUGAAUCGCCUCAGAUUCCUUCGAUUUCAGGAACAAAUCAAAACAAAUUACUUCCAAAUACAACUCCCUCCUCGUUUUCAACUGACAAGAGCUCCAAAAGCUCUUCAAUUAAUGGCUUCCAGAAUGGACGGGGUCCACUUUCUGGGUUCAAUGCAGGACCGAAAGAGGAUGAACUCACUACAAGAUUGUUUUCAGCUGCUCAAGAAGAAACGGAAGAGUCAGCUGUUAGAAUGGCACUUAUUGAGGCCAUGUUCACCUACCUUGGUGUCCGAAAGGAAAACAUGGACAUUUCUCCUAUUUCCUCAUCUUUCUCUCCUUCUCGAAAUAGUCCUAGUACUGCCGCAGAUCAUAUCUAUAAGAGAAGUGAGAGUGUAUCGAGUGCCUCCAACAUUUCCGUCACAACUGACUUCACUAACAGAUCGCCUUCCACAAACUUGAGAAUACUUCCCAGCGACUAUGUUGUCAAUACGCAGAAGUUUAAGUCCAAGAAAAAAGAAGUCUAUAGAGAGGAACUUUCGCCAAAUUUGGACUUCAAUUCUGCAAAGAGUGAAUUUUCUCAAGGAAUUAAAUUACUCUUUUAUAAGCAAGGUACAACAAUUGUGGAGCAGAACUCCAAAGGAAAAGGCUUAUUUUACAUUGUUUCUGGUAAAAUAGACGUCUCAAUUAAUUCAAAAAGCUCCUCGAAAAUAGCUCGUGCGACAGACCCAGCAACACCUUUUACAGAUAGAGGUUCUCAAACUGUUCUAUUUACUGUUGGGGCUGGUGGAGUUGCAGGUUACUUGUCGUCGUUGAUUGGUUACAAAUCUUUCGUUAAUCUAAAGGCCAAGACCGAUGUUUACGUGGGUUUCUUACCAAAUCAGACCUUGGAAAGACUUUGCGAUAAGUAUUUCAUGAUAUAUUUGAGAAUUGCGGAAACUCUUACCAAUUUGAUGUCCCCAAAAAUGCUAAAAUUUGAUCAUGCAUUGGAGUGGAUUCAACUAUCAGCCUCAGAUACACUCUUUAACCAAGGGGAUCCAGCAAAUGGUGUUUAUCUAGUUCUGAGUGGUAGAUUAAGACAAUUUCAAACCUCUACAGACGUUAGGAAAAAAAGAGAAGAUGCUACGACUAUGGAUGAUUUUAUGGACGUUGACGAUGAGAAAACUUUGGGAAUUAUGAAUGAACUGGCUCAAGGAGAAAGUUUUGGUGAAGUUGAAGUUCUUACAGCGAUUAAUCGAACCGGAACUAUUGUUGCUGUAAGAGAUUCUGAGCUUGCUCGUAUUCCAAGAACGUUAUUUGAGAUUUUAGCUUUGGAGCAUCCCUCCAUCAUGAUUCGCGUUUCUAGAUUAGUGGCAAGAAAGAUACUGGGAAGAAAUGAUUCACAAGGAGGUGCCUCCUCUGAUGUAUACAGUGGAAAUGGACCUAGAUACGACUUAAAUGCAACUAUUCCACCCAUGAAGCCGCUGAAUGCAAGCAGAACGCAUAAUUCUCACGUCCAUAGAAGCUCUACAGGGACAAUAACAUAUAGGACCAUCACAAUUCUUCCAAUUACCGCAGGUCUCCCCGUAGAAGCGUUUGCAAUGAAAAUUGUAAAGGCUUUCAAACAGGUAGGUAGGACAACAAUUGGUUUGAAUCAAAGAACUGCAUUAUCUCACCUAGGGCGCCAUGCAUUCGACAGAUUGGCAAAAUUAAAGAAGAGUGGUUACUUUGCUGAACUCGAAGAGAUGUAUCAAACUGUAGUAUAUAUCGCUGAUACUGCGGUCGCUUCCAGCUGGACCAAGACCUGUAUAUCUCAGGCGGACUGCAUCUUGCUACUUGCGGAUGCUACCACUUCAACAGAAAUAGGCGAAUACGAAAGACUACUUCUCAAGUUUAAAACGACUGCCAGAACAGAAUUGAUAUUACUGCAUCCAGACCGUUUCGUAGAGCCUGGUUUAACACAUAAGUGGCUGAGGGCUAGGACAUGGGUCCAGAACCAACACCACAUUCAAUUUGCUGUCAACUCCUUGGAGGCAGAAACAGAAGCGAAACAUACAGUGUUGAAUAGUGGGGCUUUCCUCUUAGUUGAUAAAUUGAUACAGACUGAAUUUAGUAAAAAAACUCAGGAAAAUAUCUCUAGAAUAGUUCCGGAUUCCAUUAAAGCACGAGUAGAAAGCUUUUCGUCGAAGUUGAAGAGCAGAAAGCGACAGUACUAUACCCCUGUGCAUGCUCAUAAAAACGAUUUUUUGCGUUUAGCAAGAAUAUUAUCCGGCCAAGCUAUUGGCUUGGUUCUUGGUGGUGGUGGUGCAAGAGGUAUAAGUCACUUGGGUGUAUUGAAAGCAAUUGAGGAGCACGGGAUCCCAAUCGACAUGAUUGGCGGUACUUCUAUCGGUUCAUUUGUAGGCGGCCUAUAUGCUAAAGAUUAUGACCUCGUCCCUAUAUAUGGGCGCGUUAAAAAAUUUGCUGGCAGAAUCGCGUCUAUCUGGAGAAUGAUGACCGACUUAACAUGGCCUGUCACAUCAUACACCACAGGGCACGAAUUUAAUCGUGGUAUUUGGAAAACGUUUGGUGAAGUUCGGAUAGAAGAUUUCUGGAUUCAAUACUACUGUAAUUCUACCAAUAUCACCGAUUCGGUCCAAGAAAUACACAGUUCUGGAUAUGCGUGGAGAUACAUUCGGGCAUCAAUGUCACUAGCUGGUCUACUUCCACCUUUAGAAGACAAGGGAUCAAUGCUUCUUGAUGGUGGAUAUCUAGACAACUUGCCCGUUUGGGAAAUGAAGGCUCGCGGUUGUAACACUAUUUUUGCAAUUGAUGUGGGAUCCGUGGACGACAGGACUCCAAUGAACUAUGGUGAUUCUUUGAAUGGAUUUUGGAUCAUUCUAAAUAGAUGGAACCCAUUCUCGCCCCAUCCCAACAUUCCAAACAUGGCAGAGAUUCAAAUGAGAUUGGGUUACGUUGCAUCUGUCAAUGCUUUGGAGAAGGCGAAACGAACACCGGGAGUCAUUUAUGCAAGACCACCUAUAGAGGGCUACGCUACCUUGGAUUUCAGCAAAUUUGAAGAGAUCUAUGAAGUUGGUGCCACUUAUGGACACAAAUUUUUGCAAGAGUUAAUUGAGCUUGACAAAAUGCCAGUCAUUCCCGGCUCUAAGGCCACCACUGUGGGAGAUGAAAUGCCUGAGUUUUUGCUACAAAGACGUAACAGUAUAUGA